AUGGCAUUCCCCGACUCACUGCCGCCGACAUCAAUCGCAAAACUACCCAAAAAUAAAAUGUUUGUCUCUGAUGCUGGAGCGGCGGCGAUAGUGGCCAAGAGCCACCUAGUAUUUGACUUAGUCUAUGACCACACCGCCAACCCGUCAGCCCAGGUCGAUGCCAUCUCACAUCUCGCCCGCUACAAUGUCCACCAUGAUCCUGACGGUCCUUGUCCGACAGGGCAUUGGUCCAUUGCCUGGUCAAACCACAAGGACCGCAGUAGCCCUCCCGCCAUAUGGAGCAUCAAGUACAUUCUUAUGGUCUGCACUUGUGGCUAUGACCACACAAAACGAAACAGCAAGAAUCGAACGGCGGCGUUCCCGCUGACGGACUGCCCUGCCCAUCUCGAGAUUACGGUGCAUCCACCGACCGGCGCCAUUCUCCGUGUCCGUGGGCUCGCCGAGCAUAACGCCGCCUGCGACUCGGCGAUGCUGGAGCAUCGGCCUCACCAGCCAGUCGCGGCCAUUGUCUACCGGACGGCGCUCGAGCAGCUGUCCAGCGGCGCACAGAUGCGGGCAAUCUUUCGGAAGAAUGUCGAGCUCAUCCGCAUCGGGCGUGGCAAACACGGGUACCCGGGAUUUCCUGUGGAUCGCGUCAAAGACCCGUAUCGCUGGCUUCUCGAUCAGCGCAAGGAGACUCGGAGCAUCCUCCGCCAAUUCCAGCGUCUCAAAGGCGUCAAACUCAGGGAACGAGCAGAGUACAACAUCGACGACUGGCUUGAUCCGGACUCGCAGCACUAUAAACCGGUGCUGGCCAGCGCUAUCUUUCAUUAUUCGGCCCGCAAGGCAAAGGACGAGCGGCUGGAGGUCUGCAUUUCGACGCCGGAGAUGGAGGAAGCGGCCUGGCGCUAUGGACACGAAGGCCAGCUUCUUCUCGACGGCACUUUCGGGGUCACCAACUCCCCACUGCUGCCCUUCAUUGUCAUGGUCGUUGAUGAAGCAAACAAGGGCAUUCCGGUCGCAUUCCUGCUCUUUUCAGCGCCGACCGGAAACCAGCAGUCCUCCGCAGGCAGCUUGACACCACGUCUCGCUGUGCCCGUCCUGCCGCGACACAUCGUUUACUCCGCGAACGGCAAUCACCGAUACCGACAUGAAGGAACGCGGGGCCCUGCUGGCUGUUUUUGUGGGCAUCUGGCUCUUGAUCUGUCGCUUCCACCUCAAGCACUCGUCAUCGAUUUGCGAGAUCGACUGCGACACUUCGAGCAGCUUUUGCUGCAGCAGCCGAACGAAACUGCGGCGAGAGCAUUCAUCGCCCGUGAGCGGGCUACUCUGGAGACGGCUCUCAAGGCUGCAAAUGGCGGGUCGCUCCCCGAUAUUGCCAUCAAUGUCUUCAAACAUCUGGACUACCUCGGAGAUGGAUUCUGGCUGCGCCUGGCCUUUUCGACAGCUGGUCUGAUGCUGGUCGAGUCGAGGCGGCACGGGCUUCAAUGGUGCGUUGAAGAACUCGCACUUGCGGGACUGGAAGCGUGGAGGUCGCCGUCUCCGUCCCGACGUCUUCGUGAACGCCCUCGUUACCAAUCUCGCGGGCGAUUGACCGCGCUGACUGUUGCGACCACCCCUACGGCAGCCUUAGCGGACGAUAUUCGGGACGCGUGGAAAUCGGUACUGGUAGAUGGGGAUGAGGCGACAAGUGAGAGUGGGGAUGAGAAUGCCGCGAGCGAAGGGUCAGAGGAUGUCGAGACAACCACAGAGUUGCUCACGCCACUCAUUUUGCCUCCGCUGGAUGCAGCACCACUCAUGUCUGCGGACUCGACAUCUAUCCAAUCUGCCUCACAAACAUCGACACCAUCAGCAGCCGACGCGUUUGAAGCUCAAGCCCACUCCCGCUUCUUUUUUGAAAUCAACAAGGUCAAGCAUGUGCUUGACUGCUGUCUCGAUGCCUUCAAGAGCUUGCAGAAUCCUGCCGCGUUCACCGAGCAGCAGAUGGCGACAAUCAGCGGGCUCGAGAGACACGUUCAUGAAGCUUCAAACUCAAAUUACACUGCGCUCUAA